AUGAAGUACCUUUUUGUUCUUGCCGUAUUCGCAUUGGCUUUCGCCGCCGAAGAGGAGAAGGAUGGAGAAAGGCCGAAGACUUUCAGGCGGCUGAUUCCCGCUGACGUGUUAAGAGACUUCCCCGGCUUGUGCUUCGCGUCAACCCGCUGCGCUACAGUUGAGCCUGGCAACACUUGGGACCUGGCUCCCUUCUGCGGUCGCAGCAUGUGCGUCGUGAGCGAAGACACCCCCCCAAGGCUGCUCGAGCUGGUCGAAGACUGCGGCCCGCUGCCACUUGCCAACCCCAAGUGCAAACUUGACACUGAAAAGACAAACAAGACUGCACCUUUCCCUGGCUGUUGUCCGAUCUUCACUUGUGAGGAUGGUGUAAAGUUGGAGUACCCUGAACUUCCCACACCUCCCCCAGAGGAAGAGGAGAAGAAGGAAGAAGAGAAGCCUAAGGCUGCU